AUGGCGGAGUUUUGUCUUCACGAUAGUGAUCAAUAUUACUUAUCGCUUUCGGAACAACCUAAAAGAUUCGACCCAAACAGUCCAGUAACGAAUGUAUUUUUUGACGACACCAAUGGGCAGGUAUUCACUGUAAGAUCAGGAGGUGUAACUGGAGUUACUGUGAAUGGUUUAGAUGACUCCAAAAGUACUUCAUUCAGAAUGGAAGAUAAAGGGCCAAUCAUUUCUAUAAAAUUCUCGCCAGAUCACAAAGUAUUAGCAAUACAAAGAAAUGUUGAUACACAAACACCCUCAGUAGAAUUUGCCAACUUUAAGGACCUUGUUCCAACAAAUGUAGAGUACAGCCACACAUGUAAAUGGAAAAAUGCAAAGAUUUUGGGGUUUGUAUGGCCUAAAGUAAAUGAGAUAGCAUUUAUUACUGAUCACGGAAUUGAAUUGCUGCAAGUGUUUCCUGAAAAAAAACAAUUGAAGACAUUGAAGAGCACUUCAUUCAGUGGAGCCUGGUUUUCUUGGUGUGCUCAGAGUAACAUUGUGGUGUUGGCUGGUAAUAAUGGAGCAUUGCUGCAACCAUUCUCGCUCAGCAGCUCAAAUAUUACUAAGCUUCAGAAACUGGAAUUGGACACAACUCGACCAGUUGUGGAGAGAGAUGUUUUUGUACUAAGACUAUGUGAAGCAACUUGGUGUGCGAUAUUCAGACAUGGCAGUCCAUGUACAUCGGUGCCUGGACCUACUGAGGUUUGUCUUAUGCCAAUAACAGGUGGCAAUGGCAUACAACACAUUCUCAAAACUGGAUUGGUUGGAAGAUUUGCGGUCAGCGUCAUUGAUAAUUUGCUGGUUAUACAUCAUCAGUCAAGCCAAACGUCCCAAAUAUUUGAUAUAAUGGAGGAAUCAAAACGCGACAACAAUACAGCAAUUCACCUGCCUAUAGUCUCAGGAGUGUCAAUGAAACCCGCUUUAGUUGACGGACAAGAAUGCCCUAUGUAUUCAGGCAACUGGGUAGUAUUUCAGCCGGACUAUAUAAUCGACGCGCGACUUGGCUGCAUGUGGAAUGUCAGUCUUAUACAUUCUGGACUUGCUCAUAGUCUAUCGAAAGAUGAGAUCCCAAAGGUGGUAGGUACACUGCUGCGGCGUCGAGGCGGCAAAGAUACGAUAUAUCGAAUUCUGAAUCAACUCGUCACAAACGCUGAGACUUAUCUCGUUGAACUCAGCGGAGUCUUUGAUGAAAUUAAUUGUGUGUACAGAAAAUGGGCAGACAUAGAAGUGGCUCGGAACACGGCCGGCCAAGUUGUGGAAAAGGGCAGCGACACAUUCCCCGUGCUCAUCUCGCAGACUGACAUGUGCAGCCAUGUGUUGCAGGCUCAUGCUGAUGACAAAUACCUUGUUCAGGUCGUAACAGCCUACCUCUCAUCACUCUCCCUCCACAAUAUGACAGUUCAGCAGCCAGUGGCAGAGAUCUCUGUCAGGACCCUGGUGACACGAGGGGCAAGCGGUCGGUUAAGGUCACUGGUUAGGCGCGGGUGUCUCGGGGAAGAACAACUAUUGGCUUGUCAGUUGCUCAGUCUGGGCCAUUUUGACCCUGCCGCUGCUCAGUUAGCUUUGGAUAUGAUGUGCCGCUUGAAGGCUCAUGAGGAGAUAGUAGAAGUUCUGCUGAGCUGGAACGAACCAGUAAGCGCGGCGGGGGCAGCUCGUCAAUGUGGGGUUUGGGGCGCACUUCCGGCCCGAAAGGUCUUGUCCGCUGCUAAAGUACAUGGCCCAGCCGCAUUUCGAGCCCUUUACCACGCCCUUCUAGCCAGAAAUGAAAGAGAAAGGGGCUCACCGCAUUUUCUCAAAGGUGAACAGUGUGAAAUUUACAUUGAAUAUUAUAAACAGCUGAUGGAAGACUCAUGA